AUGUGUCCAAAGGAAUGCAUUUGCAUAUCUGGGGAGCAAAAGGUGACACAUUGUGAUGACACAGUGUUAAAUGACAUACCAGCAUUGCUGGAUCCACGAAUUACAUCAUUAAGUAUGGUAAAUUGUACGUUGAAACGAUUGGAUCCUGAUAUUCUUGAAUUAUAUCCUGAUUUAGAAUAUCUUGAUUUAUCAUUCAAUAAAAUUGAUAUGAUUGGUAUGAAAAUUUUCAAAUAUCAAACAAAACUUCAAGUGCUACGUCUUAAUGGAAAUCAACUUUCAUCAUUACAAAUGGAUAGUUUUGUUGGUUUAAGCCAAUUACAGAUACUUGAUCUCUCGGCGAAUCAACUUACUCAACUGGAACCAUUUUCAUUUUCGGAACUUAAUAGCCUUCAGGAAUUAAUCAUAUCAGAUAAUUUGCUCACAAUUUUACAACCGGAUAUUUUUACUGGUUUAAAAAAUUUGCAACGGCUAGAUUUGUCGAACAAUCGAUUGCAUACAAUUGCUGAACAUCUAUUUGAUGAUGUGUUAACUUUGCAUUCGCUUGAUCUCAGCCAUAAUAAUCUUUCAACAAUAGGAUCAGACACAUUGGUCAGUUUGACCUCUUUAAAGCAUCUUGACCUUAGUUCAAAUUCAUUCUUUGAUUUAUCAUUCAAUGGCCUCAAUAAUUUGCAGUACCUUAAUAUUAGUCAUAAUUUGGUACAACGAAUUGAACCAUCAAAUUAUCGUUCAUUAAGCUUAUUACGUGAGCUUGAUCUAUCCUUCAAUCAAAUGAUGGAAUUAGCAACAUCAUCAUUUGAUGGUUUAAACUCACUUGAAAUACUUCAAAUGACCAAUGAACCAUAUUUGCAUUCCAUAAAGCUGAAUGCAUUUUCUGGUUUGACAAAUUUACGCAAACUUAAUUUAUCUUCAUGCCAUAUCUUGGAAAAAAUAGAUGAGAAUGCAUUUGAGUACGGUGAUCGAUUGGAGAUUCUCGACUUGAGCAAUUGUCAACUGAAACGAUUACCGCAAAAACUUGUUGCUUGGACAAAUUUGAAAUCAUUGCACAUAUCCGGUAAUCCGCUACAUUGUGAUUGCGAUAUGCUAUCGUUUCUUCCGGAAGUACUCCGAAAAUUCCCAAUAAAUGCCACCUGUUUCACUCCACCUUGGCUAUUCGACAAAAAUAUCAUGCAGCUAUCUGAGAAUUGUACAACAUUAAACGAAUCACAGUUAAGCAUUGCUAUCAUUGGUGCUUCAUUAUUAUUUCUCACAAUUCUACUACUUCUUGGCAUCUGUAUCGGUCGACAUUUUCCAUUAUGCAAUAAAAUUUCUUCAACCAAAUAUCGUAGUCGGAAUAAAUGUCGCUCACAGCUAUACAGUAAACCUUUUCUUAUCACUUCACCAAUCAAUGAUAAAUCUGAUUUACUAUCCGAACAGACUUGCUAUACGACAGCAAAUCACAGUACUUCAAACGGUUUUUCUCGAUCAACCGGUCUCUAUGACGAUGAAGGUUAUUACAGUAGCGUAAUGUUUCCUGCGGAAUAUAACGCUUACGAACGUGCACGUCCGAUCUAUCCGAUACCGCCACCUGCGGCAACAAUUCCGCAAACAUUACCCAAAAGUUUUGCGGAUGAUAAUUUUAGGAUUAUUUCUGAAUAUCCUGUGCCUAUUACAGAAUUAUGA